CUCCUUCUUCUCUCUGGUAUGCUCCCCGAACACACUUCAUAUUUCAUCAUUUUAUUUCACGAAGCAUAUUGCUCCUUACACGCACGUUUGACGCGUGUCAGUGAGUUGUCACCGGAUAUUGUGCGAAAAACAUUGGUAGUUAACAUUCGGAUAUUAGAAUAUUCUGAGUAAAUAUUUCAAUCUAUAUAAUAAGUUACAUAGAGAAAAGUAUAGAGUAUCUUAGUGUAAUAUUCUUGCGAAAAUACUGAAUUACGUGACCUCAUCAUUCGGCAGCUGGUUGAGUAUCCUUUGGGAAGCGUGAAAUUGUGAAAAAUGGUUUUGGAUUUGGAUUUAUUUCGCAAGGACAAGGGCUUCGAACCGGAAAAGAUCCGUGACAACCAGAAGAGACGUUUCAAAGAUGUCUAUUUAGUGGACACUGUCAUCGAGAAAGACAAACACUGGCGGCAACUGAGGCAUCGCGCCGAUAACUUCAACAAAUUAAAGAACUUGUGCAGCAAAGAAAUCGGUGAGAAAAUGAAAAAGAAGGAAUCGCUCGGCGACGAUGACACGGUGCCCCAGGUGAUCAUCGACGACCUCGAUAAUUUGACCUCUGAGAGCCUGAAGACGUUAACAGUGACACAGAUCAAAAGAAUACGUGUCCUUAUUGAUGAGGCAAUACAGAGGAAUGAUGAGAGCCUGAAAGCAACUGAGUUGGAGAGAAACAAUGCCCUUAGAGAAGUAGGAAACCAUCUGCAUGAAUCUGUACCUGUUAGCGAUGAUGAAGAAGAGAAUAAAGUAGAAAGAACUUGGGGAGAUUGCAAUGUGAAGAAAAAGUACUCUCAUGUUGACUUGAUCCACAUGAUUGAUGGAAUGGAUGGAGAACGUGGAACAGGAGUAUCAGGUGGACGAGGUUAUUUCCUGACUGGACCAGCAGUGUUCCUUCAACAAGCCUUAAUGCAACUAGCAUUGAAGAAGUUAUUCAAGAAAGGUUACAAACCUCUUUAUACACCGUUUAUUAUGCGGAAGGAUGCGAUGCAGGAAGUAGCUCAACUUUCUCAGUUUGAUGAGGAAUUGUACAAGGUUAUCGGUAAAGGUAGCGAACGUAACGAAGACAAGGAACUGGAGGAGAAAUACUUAAUCGCUACUUCCGAGCAGCCGAUAGCUGCUUUCCAUAGAGGCGAGUGGAUAGCUGAGAACGCUUUACCGAUUAGGUAUGCUGGUAUCUCAACUUGCUUUAGACAAGAAGUCGGUUCGCACGGACGAGAUACUAGGGGUAUUUUUAGGGUACAUCAGUUCGAGAAGGUCGAGCAGUUUUGCCUCACCUCACCUUAUGACAACAAGUCAUGGAAGAUGAUGGAAGAAAUGAUUUCCAACGCAGAGGAGUUCUACCAGGCCUUAGAUAUUCCUUAUCGCAUAGUCAAUAUUGUGUCGGGUGCAUUGAAUCAUGCGGCCUCCAAGAAACUAGACCUGGAAGCCUGGUUCCCUGGUUCCGGCGCAUUCCGCGAACUCGUAUCGUGUAGUAAUUGCUUGGACUACCAAGCUAGGAGGUUGUUAGUUCGAUACGGUCAAACGAAGAAAAUGAACACUACAACGGAUUAUGUUCACAUGUUGAAUGCGACGAUGUGCGCCAUAACACGCGUAAUAUGCGCGAUUCUGGAGGUCCAUCAAACAGAAACUGGCGUCAAGAUGCCGAAAAUUCUCGCGGAAUACAUGCCCUUUGAAUAUGAGAGCGAGAUUCCGUUCGUGAAGUCGGCACCGAUCGACGAGAUCGAGAUAAAGAAGCAGAAGAAGCAAAAGGAAAACGCAUCCAAGUGAAGCGCGUGACCGCAUAAAAUAGUGGCGAUAAUGAACAUGAAAACUCUGUGUCCAUCUACAGAUCUUAUUUAUUAAACUGCAUUUCUUUCCUUUUUUUAUUUUAUAUUCCAUCGCGAUCCGCUCGGAUCGAGGCUGUAAUAACGAUUUAAGAAAAUAUAUACACAUCCGACUUCUCUCUCAA